UCAUGCGGAUCAUCGAUGAAUAUCUCACGGUCGGUCGACGAUCGAUGUCGCCUCCGCGUCCACUUGUAGUUUGUGGUCCGUCCGGAAGCGGGAAAUCGACUUUGCUGAAACUCCUGCUGACCGACCAUGACGAUUGCUUCGCACUCAGUGUUUCCCAUACGACGCGAAAGCCACGACCGGGGGAAAUCAAUGGCAAGCACUACCAUUUUGUCACCCGGGAAGCGAUGCAAAAAGCCAUCGCCGACGGAGAAUUCAUCGAGUACACAGAAUUCUCUGGUAAUAUGUACGGCACGAGCAAACGCGCUGUCCGCGAUGUGAUGAAUAGCGGCAGAAUCUGCAUCCUCGACAUCGAGAUCGAAGGAGUGAAAAAUGUCAAGAACACCGACUUGAACCCGACCUACGUCUUCAUAAAACCACCUUCGCUGCAAGUUCUCGAAGACCGUCUGAGGAAUCGUGGAACCGAAACCGAGAAGUCGCUCAAUCUGCGGCUUUCAAGAGCCCUGACGGAAAUCGCGUACGGAGAACAACAAGGCAACUUUGACCUCUUGAUUGUCAACGACCGACUGAAAGCUGCGUACGCCUCGCUGGAGACUUUCCUCAGAAAGGAGAUCGAGGGUCUCUCGGGCGAUAGGCCGGAGUUCUAACACUCAAUCAGCCCGGGUGAAAUCUCUUCUCAAACAAGGCUGAGUGAAAAAGCCUAGAGGCAGCGAAUAUCGACUGAUCGCGAUUGCGACGCUCGUCGGAUAAGC